AUGGACGUCCGCGGCCUCACCCUUCGCAGCAAAUCCCGCCGUCCCCAGAUCAGCGCCCCAAAGCCCAUCGCCGACCCCAAUUCCGGCUCCAGCAAGGCCCCCGGGCUGCCCGCUGCCACCCCUCGCCCGCAGCGCAAUGGCGGCACCACCUCUGACCUCGUCAAGCGCCGCUACUCGGCCAAGUUCAACCAGCUGCCCGACUUUGCCGUGGGCGAAGCUCCCCCCGUCCCCGGCCUGCCGCCCGCCCUGCAGUCCGCGAAGAGCAGCCAGGAGCACGUCAACGACCGCCCGUCCACCGCCGCUUCGUCGCAGCCCCUGCGCGUCGAGCUAAAGGCCCUCAAGGACCCGGGUCUGCAGGUGGAGACCUAUGUCGCCAGCCUGCUCGCAAACGCCUCCGAGCAGGACAUCCGGGACUAUCAGACCAGCCUGCGCAAGCUCAAGAACCGCACCUCCGCCGACCUCCAGCAGAAUGUCUACCAGAACCGCACCCAGUUCAUCAAGAUCAGCAAGGAGGCCGAGAAGCUCAAGGACGAGAUGACCACCCUCCGCGGCCUCAUGUCCGAGCUGACCACCGCCCUCGGUCAAGCAAGCGCCACCAGCGGUUCAAACGGUGCCCUCGACGAGCUGGCGGCCGGCAGGCGCCGCGCAAACCGGAGCUCCGUCGCCAAUCUGGAGAGCAUGUGGAACACCCAGCUGCAGACCCUCUGGAAGACCGUCGAGAGGUCGCAAAAGUUCCUCCCUGCAAUUCCCGGCCGCCACAUCGUCCUCGAAUCCGGCCACUGGAUCGAACUCGACUCGGCGACGUGGAAGCCCCGGCGGCCCGUCCACAUCGUCUUGCUCAACGACCAUCUGCUCAUCGCCGCGAAGAAACGAAAGCGUGUCGACCCAAACACCCAGAGCAACAGCAAAGCCCCCGCUCCCACAAAAUUGGUGGCUGAAGAAUGCUGGCCCCUCCAGGACAUCGAUCUCAUCGACCUGGGCGCCAACAUCGACGGCGAGUCACUCGACGAGGCCGGGGAACGCGCCGUUCCCAAUGCAGUCAAUAUCCGGUUCGGUCCCAAAUCCUUCACCUACCGUACCGACCAACGCAACGUCAGAGCCAAAACCGAUCUUGUGAUGACGUUCAGGAAGACGAUCGAAGAACUCCGCAAAGGCCUGCGCACCGAGGCCGAGGCUGCGGCGGCCAAGUCAAGUGAGCUGCUGGGCGGCCGGCAAUCGCUCUCCAGGCGCUCUGAAAUGUUUGACUCCGACUCCCGUGACAAGCUCGACAUCCUCAUCGACGUCGACGGAAAACAGCAAAACAUGAAAUGGGUGGAUGGCCAGCUCGACGAGUUGGAUAUCAACAUCGCCCUCCAGCUGUUCGAGGAAGCCGUCGCGCGAGUCGAGAAAUUACGCAAGCUCGCAAAAUCACUGCGAGCAAACCCCACGGCACAGGAGGUGAUCAAUUCGAAAAUCGACCUGCGCGCGGGCAAACUUGCAGAGGUCCUUCUUCGCGCCCUGGUCGAUACCCAUUCGUUCCUCAAUGCCACGAAAAUGAACGUCAGCUGGCUGACUCGACUUGGAUUCGAUGAUCGCGCCCGGGAAGCGUAUCUGCGCGCAAGAACCGAAGUAAUGACCAAACGCGCAAGGUAG